AAAACUCAAGAAGAUGUUAAAAUCCACAACAUGUCAUACUUCAAAAGAAACGAAGGAGCAAUUAUUUUUGCGUUAGCAAGCGUCGGGUUCAUAGCGUUUUAUUGCAUUAAUUACUACAUUCGGCGAUGCAGAGACCAGGCCGCGGCAGCCGAGGACAUGGGGGAAUCUGGAAUGAGUCCGAGGAGGCCACCGCGAGGGCUUGACGCUGAAGCCAUCGAGUCGUUUCCUUCGUUCAUUUACACGGAAGCUAGAGGGAUUGAGCCAGGAAUAGGCGAGCUAGAAUGUGUUGUGUGUUUGAAUGAAUUCAAAGACGAUGAAACGCUGCGUUUGGUACCACCUUGUGUACAUGUGUUUCAUGCUGACUGUGUAGACAUUUGGCUUUCUCAUAGCUCCACAUGUCCUAUCUGUCGUGCUAAUGUAGUUCCUUUUUAAACGAGUUUCUUGAUUAGCCUUUGACUAUGCAUUUUGCGUUACAUACUUUGCCUUUGUAAAUAAGAUUAUCAUAGUGUUGAUAUUUUUACCAACCGUAAUGAUGAUACUACUCCAUGUAAGAAAAUAAUCUACAAAGGAAUAAAACUAUAAAAGGCAUAUUAAAUU